UGUUCAACGCUCGGGGGGUGAGGACGUGCGCCGUGGUGCUCCGCGUCGGUCACACACGCUCGGCUGUCGGACAGUCAGGUGCUGCUGCUGCUGCUGCUGCUGUCAGACACUGCCACUGCUGACGCUGCCUGAUAUAGCAACUGUCAUCAUGUUUAUCAACAGGUUCGCUGCCGUUGUCGCGCUCUGCACCGCCCUGAGUAGCGGCUUGCCUGCCAACUUCGAGAACAUGCGACUUUUCGAGCGACUCGGACUGGGUCGCACCGCCGACGGCGACUCCUCACCUCGUAUCAGCAGCGUGAAAACGCCCGGCAACUCACCCAUGUUCUUCAUCCGCCUGCCACCGAGCCCCUACUACUAUAACCUGAACGAGAUCGGCACGGACGGCCGACGCAGCACGCCCAAACCCAACUUCGCGAGAGUUCCGGUUCAGUUCAACAUCAACGGUAAGCCCGAUCAGGUUUACCACUACAACCUCGGACUGGCGCCUCCUGACGUCGAUGAUGUCGAAUCCAACGAGAUUUCUGAGUUCACAACAACGACAACGACGACGACGACGACCACGACCACGACUCCUCCCCCUACGACGACGACGCAGUUGCCGAAGCUGAAGCUCAGCCCGGCGGAGCGUCUGCGACAGAAGUACGCUGAGUAUUACAAGGGAUCGCGAUCUGGGUCCGCCAUGAAGAAAUACAAGUACGCUUCGAACGGUCGCCCUUCCAGCUUUUAUGUUAUGCAUGGAGAUAGCAGCAGGAAGCCUAUCUACUACAGGAGGUUCUUGUGAGCAGAGUGUCGUUUGGGAUUGUGAUGUUUGUUGUGCUUUAGACGAUAAUGUUCACCUAGUGAAUCAUCCUUAAUCGCUCGCUGAACGGAUAUAUUUCAAUCUUUAGCCUUUUUGAAAGGUCGUAUUUGGAAAAAUGUCGUCUUCCAACAUUUCCGCUGAGACGGAAGUGACAUGGAAGUGACAAGAAGAGCGAGCGAAUUCCGGCACUCUGGCUUUUAAACACGCGUCAAUGGUUUUAUGAUGUAAUAUUUGUCAUAUGUAUUUCGUUGAUAUUAUGCUACUGCCCUUUGCUAUGUAGAAUGAUUUUUUGCUGGAGAUAAGUGAAAUAAUGGAGACAAGUAUGGCAAAACAAACUAUAGAACGUGAAAGUCAAAUUACCUUUAUCAUCACUCGGUAUUUCCUUCUCAACAUCUAUAUUACUAUUUGAGGAGGGUGCGUCUGUCCGUUACCGAGGUCCCGACUUGGUCGUGCUUUGCGUGGACUACAGGCCAGACCGUUGCACCUAGCCCGGUGAAAUUUGCACAACUUAUAGAUCAAGGAUGCGCGGCGUGCCUUUGAGGGGUCUCAGCUCGAUCGGAUUGAUAGGGAGCGCGUGGCGUGUGCUCAAAAAGUGCAAAUUCGCGUCAUAGACUUUACAUGUAUAAAUCGGCGUGCGAAAUCGGGCGAAAACGGCUAAUUUUGGCCGACACGGGUCCAGUCCCCGUGCAAUAUCUUGGUGACCAGGGGUCCGACCGGCACGGGGAAAACAGCAUCGUGUAGAUAAUUGAGCGGGCUGUCGAAUGGUGUGCGGUGCAGGGGAUGGCACGCGCCACGUGCACCUGUGUUGGUACUUUUGUUGAAAAAUUGCGGUUUUAGACGGAUUUUGGAAUUGAUUUUAUUUUUAGGUGACCGUUAAACGGAGCGAGUUGGAACAACGCCUGUUGGCAAGAGAAAUGUACCGCCUCUCAUAUAAAAAUUAAGAAAAGCUGGUUGAUCCAAAUCAAGGCGGUGCAAAUCACGGGAGAAAAUGGUGUUUGUCAAUGAUGUGUCACUUUAUUAAUUACACGGCUUUUGCUGCAUAACCUGAUACCUUUGGCAAUUAAAUAUGAUACCAUUAGAUAGAGCAUUCAAUUCUGUCCAAUAUUCACUCUUCAUUUUUGCAUGAUGAGCAACAGUAUUCUUUAAAAAUGUAAAUGUUCCGAACCAUUACAUUGUCAUUUUUAGCGAAAUUCAUCGAUGGCCCUCAAAAGACUUCACGUCAGUUUUCCAAUCAUUCUAUAGAAGAACGCAUGAUAAUACGACACGGGCACCUCGAUGCGAUGGAUCUAUUUCGUUUCACUACAAAAUGUUUUGCCGUCAAAAAGCAAUCGAACGAAAUGGAUACCAACCAAAUCGACACAGACCAACCCAAUACCCACGGGUCAAAAAUAACCCUUCUUCGCGUUGCAGAGCACGCGGGUAACCCUAGUGUCAUGCUAUUUUCCUACAUAUUUCACAAGUUAUAGAUGUCUCUCGACUUUUUAUGUGAUGGUUAACUAUAAGUAGACUUUUCUUGGCAGUAUUCUCGCGUCUGAAUGUUCAUAAUGAUGUGUAUUUUGAGCCUAUGUUGAUAUGUAAGUUAUAUUGAGCGAAUCCUGAGCAUACUUUGUUGAAGUGUGUGCUGUUUGUGCCUGCAGCUCGAACUUUCCGAGCUUUGGAGAACGUUGAGAGGCAGCUAUGAACUUAUUAGUGGCCUUUGCUGCACUUCGGCUCACUUUUUCAGUAGAUGGAACUGUGUGAAACAAAGUGAUGUUGACAUGAUUGACACGACUUUUUAAUGACCAACGGCCUAUAUUGAUAUACAUUUGCAAGUAUAUAUGCACCUUCAGUGUAAUUGAAAGCAUUGGGAUCAUGCGAAUGCACAUAUCAUAAUGUUGUAUAUGUAUGUUAUUAGUACGGUAUCGCCUGCGUAAUCGUUUUUUUUCUUCUGUGGGGCGUUUGCGUUGCAUGGUGCAUGCUGUUAUGCAUACUACUGUUGAUAAAAGUGAAUGUUGCAUCGAGAAUGUGCACUGCUGUACACGAAUCACACAAAUUCACGUGUGCCAAUGUGUGUGAAUGUGCAUAAUUGUUGCUCUACGUCGCUGUUGUGUUGUGAGGGAUGUAUUGUUUUGUAAAUAAAUUCCUAUCCUACC